AUGUCAUUCUUAGAUAUUGAUGUUGAAGCACAAAAGGGUGCUGUAUUUCAAAAUGCUAAUGAAGAAAGAUCAAAAGUAUCACUAAUAAUAGGGAAGGCUUCAAAUUUGUUGAGUGAUUUUGCAAGUGGUGUCAGUAAUCUUGAAAGACUGGUGGAUCAAUUGGGUACCAAAAGAGACGGUAAACAACUACGACAAACAAUUGAAUCUGCAAGAUUAGUGGAACUAAAUGAAUAUAAGCAACAAUUGGAACAUCUUACGAAUGAUAUAUCACAUUUAAUUGCCAAUAAUUCACAAACUAGUAUUGAGGAUAAGUUUAGUGAAGAAAAAGUGAGAAAAGAAUUUGAAAGUGUCAACAAUAAUUUCAACAUUUUGAAAAGACAAUAUAAUGAACGUAAAAACUCAGUUAUUAUCAAUGAUAGAAUUUCCAAUCAAGAAGCUUUAGAUAGUGAAGAAAAUAUUCCAUCGUCAUCUGCUACUGAAAAUACCCCUUUGAUUCAAAGACAACAACAACAACAAAAUCAAUAUACUAUAACACAACAAGAAUUGGAUUUACAUUCUGUUUUGGCUGAAGAAAGAGCUGAAGAAAUUAAAAAAAUACAUGGUGGUGUGGAAGAAAUUAAUUCAAUAUAUAAACAAUUAGGCUACUUAGUCCAGCAGCAAGGUGGUCAAGUCGAUACAGUUGAAAACAAUAUGUCAAACUUAGCAAAUCAUACUCAAAAUGCCGCUCAAGAACUUGUUAAAGCUGAUAAUUAUCAAAAGCAAAAAAGGAAAUGGAGUUGUAUUAUAUUAAUAGUCUUAGUUAUAGUGGUAUUGAUUGCUGUGCUGGCAAUAUUUUCUUAA